AUGGCUUCGCCGUCGCUCCUGACCGUGCACCUGCGCGGGUCUGCUUCGCCGCCCGACGCCGCCUCGUCGGUGGCGAUCGUGGAGGGAGGCGACGGGGUGGACCUCGCCCAGGUGGGCCUCGCGCUGGGGCUGGACCCGGCCACUGUCGGCCUCAACGGCUACUUCCUAAGCUGCGGCUCCGGCUACGUUUCCUUGGCGGUCAGCUGGGGCGAGCUCCUCGCCUUCUUCGCCACGGGCGACCCCGACGCGCCCGUCGCCGUUGACGGAGGGCCCGUACCUUCUCCGCCAGAGCCCAGAGUUGUUCUAUCCUCAAAGCGAACGCCUGGGAUGGAGACCGAAAAUUGUUCCAAGAAGAGCAGGCUCCAACACAACAGCUCAGCUCAGUCAAAAGCAGACGAAGAACUACUUACCGAUGAGAUCACCCUUGGUUUGAAGAGAAGACUCACAUUGGACGAGGCUAGUCCAUCUAAGAAGAUUAAACAAGUAGACUACAGCUCAGUCAAUGGAGUAGAAGCACAGCAGCCAGUUACAUACUCUUGCAGCUUCGCCAGCAGUCACGACAAGCGGCCAACGGAUGAGGAGAUGGUCAUCUCAAUGUCGCGUAAGGGAGUCUGGUGAUGCCAGUCUAUUCUUGCAGAUUGAUAUUUUAGUGUUACUCGAAAGAACUCGUGGACGUAUAUGGUGAUGAAGUAACAUGUCAAAGAGGCGCAGUGAUGUUCGUGACUGAGAUUUGAUUAUCGUCUUGUCGCAAGUCAUUGUUACUCGAAACAACUCCCGAGUUAUGAUGAUAAACUGGCAUCGCUAAGGGGCCUAGUGAGAUUUAGUGAUUCCCCAUUACCAUCAUGUAGUUAGUUUGGCCCGGAGUCAUAGUUUCGGGUUUGCAGACACAUUGCUAGUUACCAUAGUUUCAGGUUUGGAUACAGUGCUAGU